GUGCGGUAUAAUAAUUAAGGCUGAGAAAACAUUUUUACAAUAUUUUGUGUCAGCGUCUUUCUUCCUCAACCGGCUUCGUCUCCGACGCGAAAAUUUUAUCUGUACCGGCCGAGUUGAUGAACAAUGGGUAUGAUGAACGGGAACAGUAAUUAGCUGAAGAGUUUAAGGGCUGCGGCAUCAGCCUGAUAAUGAUUUUAAUUUAAUCAUCUAAUUGUUAACGAUUUUGUGCCUAAUUUUUUCUAUUGCAGCAUGAGUUCUCCUACUGAUGAUAUUGAUUUGAAGCCGGAGAAAAUGGAGGAGGAGAAGGAGGGAGGAGCUUUCCACUGUGAUCUUUAUGAUAUGGAUAUUGUUCACAAAAUAGCUCAGGAAUUUCUUCCUGGUUUGGGCUCUGCGUGUAUUGACAACACGACAGGCGGACUCUUCAGCAGCCCGGCUUCUGUGGCGGUCGAAAUAAGACGAGAAAUGGUGGAUUAUCUUGUUCAACGAAGUGAAACUUUCGUGGCUGAAUCAGUGGUCUUGGAAGCUGGACCGAAUGAGGAUAUUACUAAGGAUCCGUAUGAUAUUAUCUCCGAUUUUAUUGAUGAUUUCGCAAGUUCGAAGAGGAACUUUUUUAGCAGGGUUUCAGGUUGGCUACUCAGCGAAAGAAGAGAAGACAAAAUAGACGAUUUUGUGCAGGAGAUGGAGAUAAAUGGGUUUUGGCUGUUGAAUAGGAGAGAGUCGAUUGCACAAACUCUCUUGAAAAAUGUUGAUUUCAAAAACCUUUAUCACUGCAUCAUGAGCUUCAAGACUGAGGAAGAGCUAGAGGAGCAUAAAUCCAAAUGCAGUUUUAGGACCAUGAUGUGUGCGAGCGAGGGUUGCAAUUCUAUAUUUAGUGCAGCUCAACAGGACCAUCACGAUUCGAUUUGUCCUUUUAAAAUCCUUAAGUGUGAGCAAAAUUGCUCGGAGAGCAUUAUGAGGCGAGAGAUGGACAGACAUUGUAUCACUAUUUGUCCAAUGAAGCUUGUGAAGUGUCCAUUCUAUUCAGUAGGUUGCCAUUCCUCCAUUCCUCAAAGUACAGUCGGUCAGCAUCGAUUGGAGGAUCUUAGCUGUCACUUGCUCUAUGUACAGCAAGUUGUUCACAAAGAAGCAUCAGAAGAUGAUCUGAAGGAAAGAGUGGAAGAGCUAAUCAAGUUAUCUUCUCCAGGACAACUUGCAGCAGCUCGUGAUGCUCGAUCCCUAACCUAUGCCAUCAAGGAUCUCGAAGCAAAGCUUGGGCCCUUGAAAGUCAAGACAACUGAAAAGCGUGAUGAUGAGACGGAUGGCGACUCACCACACAAAGUGGAAAAGGAUGGGGAGUCUCCAAGCAAAGAGGCCAAGCCUGGAGAGUCUCCAAGCAAAGACGGUAAGUCCGGAGAGUCCCUAAGCAAAGAUGCUAAAUCUGGAGAGUCCCCAAGUGCAGCUAGACAGAGUGUUAGCUCAAAAAGCAGUAGUGAUGGCGGUGAGGAUCCGUCUCAAGAAAUGGAGAAGUUAGUGGAGUUAUCUAAUGUAGAUGAUCAAUCCGAGUUAGUGCCACCUGUGAGCGAAAAUUCUACAGCUUCACUGUCUGCACAAGAAGCUAAGCAGGAGAAGUUGUCUCAAGACAACUCCAGCGAAUCUGAUAAAGAUGAAAAUGUUACUUCAUCACCAGUCAAAGUGGAAGAGAAUGACACUUCAGCUGCUGCAUUGGAUUCACAACCACAUAAUAGUGAAAACUCAGUAUCUACUAAUGAGACUAGAGAGGUAGAGGAAGAAAAGCCGAAGUCGGAUUCCGAGUCUGACAAAGAAUUGGAAGAAGGACCUGGGAAGGGAGAAGAACAACCGAGUUCAUCAUCACCAAUCAAAGUGCAAGAGGAAGACCAAGUUGAUCAAGGGGAAAGUCAUGUUGCCUCAGCAGCAGAUGAUGAAAAUAAAGAUGCAGCAGCAGCUAAAUCAUCUUCAAGUGAGGAAUCUGACUGAUUUUUAGGCGGCGCGUAGAUCUUUAAUUAGUUUAUAGAGCCUAUAUCUUGCCCUGGAAGUUAUCCCGGGGCGACAAAUUUUGUUGCCGACAAUUGGUUGUGGGAACCCAGUUAAUGGAAGUCCCAUGGAAAAUAUCUUGGUUAGUGCUAGGAAACCAUUUUUUUUUUUUAUGCUUCAAAAUAUUUUUUCAUUAGAGACUUUCAAAAAUUUAGUGUAAGAUUUCUAAUGAUAUAUAUUGCUGAACUUAUCUCCUGUUACUGAAUAUUUUAUUGUAGUUUUGGGGGUUUUUAUUUUUUAUUUUUAUAAUUAAUAUCACUUUU